AUGGCGUUGCUGUACGGCGACGACUGCGAGCCGGGGGCGAGCGCUGUGUCAGAUUCAGAGAGUUUUGUAAUUUCUCGAUCCCGGCGAGAAAAGAAAUCAAAGAAAGGGCGCCAAGAAGCGCUAGAAAGACUGAAAAAGGCUAAAGCUGGUGAAAAGUAUAAAUAUGAGGUUGAGGACUUCAGCAGUGUGUAUGAAGAAGUGGACGAAGACCAAUAUUCGAAGCUGGUUCAGGCCCGCCAGGAUGAUGACUGGAUAGUGGAUGAUGAUGGUAUUGGCUAUGUGGAGGAUGGCCGAGAGAUUUUUGAUGAUGACCUUGAAGACGAUGCUCUUGAUUCCAGCCAGAAAGGAAAGAAUAAUAAAGCAGCCAACAAAGAGAAGCGGAAUGUAAAGAAGGCUGCAGUUACAAAACCGAAUGAUAUCAAGUCAAUGUUCAUGGCUAGUGCUGGAAAGAAAACUGCAGAUAAAGCUGUGGACUUGUCCAAGGAUAAUCUGCUAGGGAACCUUCUGCAGGAUCUGAGCACAAAGAACUCUCCAAUAACUGUCUCACCUGCAAUGGUAGUGAAGAAGAAAUUAUCCACGGGAGCUUCGCUUAAUCCAUUUUCUGUGCGCAUUCCCAAGGCAGUCGUUUCAGGAAAAACUGCUUCCCCUGUCUUAAGGAAGGAACUCCCACCAACACCUGCUCCUCUGAAAUGUGCUGAGUUUCCCGGAGACACAGUGCAGGCCACAUGUACAGAAGACAAGGAGGAGCCCGGGGCAAUGGAUUUUGAAGAUGGUGACUUUGAUGAGCCUAUGGAAACUGAGGAGGCAACUAUGACACCUGUGACUGCCAAGACACGGGACCAAACGUGUGAGCCAGCAGAGGGGAUGAAACUCACGGCAGAUCCUGGGAAUGAGACUGGGACAUCCUUAGGAAGUUUUCUCCCAGAUGCUUCUUGCUGGGGCAUUGAUGAGGAAGAUGAAAGCUGUUUCUUAGCUCAGGAAGUUCAGGUUGAUUCCAGUCACCUCCCACUGGUUAAAGGGGCAGAUGAGGAUCAAGUGUUCCAGUUUUAUUGGCUGGAUGCUUAUGAAGAUCAGUACAACCAACCAGGUGUGGUAUUUCUGUUUGGCAAAGUUUGGAUUGAAUCAGCCAGAACCCAUGUGAGCUGCUGUGUCAUGGUGAAAAACAUUGAACGAACUCUCUACUUCCUUCCCCGUGAAAUGAAAAUUGAUAAAAAUACAGGGAAAGAAACCGGAACUCCAGUUACAAUGAAGGAUGUUUAUGACGAAUUUGAUGAGAAAACAGCAGUGAAAUAUAAACUGAUGAAAUUCAAGUCCAAGAUAGUGGAAAAGAACUAUGCUUUUGAGAUACCUGAUGUUCCAGAAAAAUCUGAAUACCUGGAAGUUAAAUACUCGGCUGAAUUGCCACAGCUUCCUCAGGAUUUGAAAGGAGAAACUUUUUCUCAUGUAUUUGGGACCAACACAUCUAGCUUGGAACUGUUCUUGAUGAACAGAAAGAUCAAAGGACCUUGUUGGCUUGAAGUGAAAAAUCCACAGCUCUUGAAUCAGCCAAUCAGUUGGUGUAAAUUUGAAGUAAUGGCCUUGAAGCCGGAGCUAGUGAAUGUAAUUAAAGAUGUUGGUCCUCCUCCACUUGUGGUGAUGUCCUUCAGCAUGAAGACAAUGCAGAAUACUAAGACACAUCAAAAUGAGAUUAUUGCUCUGGCAGCUUUGGUCCACCACAGUUUUGCAGUAGAUAAAGCAGCCCCACAGCCUCCCUUUCAGUCAUAUUUCUGUGUUGUGUCUAAACCAAAGGACUGUAUUUUCCCGUUUGAUUUCAAAGAAGUCAUUAUGAAAAAGAACUUGAAGGUUGAGGUUGCUGCAACAGAAAGAACACUGCUAGGAUUUUUCCUUGCAAAGGUUCACAAAAUUGAUCCUGAUAUCAUUGUGGGUCAUAAUAUUUAUGGGUUUGAUCUGGAAGUGCUACUGCAGAGAAUUAAUGUGUGCAAAGUUCCUCACUGGUCCAAGAUAGGUCGACUGAAGCGAUCCAACAUGCCAAAGCUUGGGGGCCGGAGUGGUUUUGGUGAAAGAAAUGCUACCUGUGGCCGAAUGAUCUGUGAUGUGGAAAUUUCAGCAAAGGAAUUGAUUCAUUGUAAAAGCUACCAUUUGUCUGAACUGGUCCAGCAGAUUCUGAAGAUGGAAAGGGUUGUAAUCCCAGUGGAAAAUGUGCAGGAUGCAUACAGUGACUCUUCUCAUCUUCUGAACCUGUUGGAACACACCUGGAAAGAUGCCAGGUUUAUUCUGCAGCUCAUGUGUGAGCUCAAUGUUCUGCCAUUAGCAUUGCAGAUCACUAACAUCGCUGGGAACAUUAUGUCCAGGACGCUGAUGGGUGGACGAUCCGAGCGUAAUGAGUUCUUGUUGCUCCAUGCAUUUUAUGAAAACAACUAUAUUGUGCCUGACAAGCAGAUUUUCAGAAAGCCUCAGCAAAAACUGGGAGAUGAAGACGAAGAAAUUGAUGGAGAUGCUGGUAAAUUCAAGAAAGGACGUAAGAAAGCAGCUUAUGCUGGUGGCUUAGUAUUGGACCCCAAAGUUGGUUUUUAUGAUAAGUUCAUUUUGCUUCUGGACUUCAACAGUUUAUAUCCUUCCAUCAUUCAGGAAUUUAACAUCUGCUUUACGACUGUGCAAAGAGUGGCUUCAGAGGCACAGAAAAUUACAGAGGAUGGAGAACAAGAACAGAUUCCUGAGCUGCCCGAUGCAAGCUUAGAAAUGGGCAUUUUACCCAAAGAGAUCCGGAAACUAGUAGAAAGGAGAAAGCAAGUCAAACAGCUCAUGAAACUUCCAGAUUUAAAUCCAGACCUUUUUCUUCAGUAUGACAUUCGACAGAAGGCUCUUAAGCUCACGGCGAACAGUAUGUACGGCUGCUUGGGAUUUUCCUACAGCAGAUUUUACGCCAAACCAUUGGCUGCUUUGGUGACAUACAAAGGAAGGGAGAUUUUGAUGCAUACAAAAGAGAUGGUGCAGAAGAUGAAUCUUGAAGUUAUUUAUGGAGAUACGGAUUCAAUCAUGAUAAACACCAACAGCACCAACCUGGAAGAAGUAUUUAAGCUGGGGAACAAGGUAAAAAGUGAAGUGAAUAAACUGUACAAACUGCUUGAGAUAGAUAUUGAUGGUGUUUUCAAGUCUCUGCUCCUCCUGAAGAAGAAGAAAUAUGCUGCUUUGGUGGUUGAGCCAACAUCGGAUGGGAAUUAUCUCACCAAACAGGAACUGAAAGGAUUAGAUAUAGUUAGAAGAGAUUGGUGUGAUCUUGCUAAAGACACCGGAAACUUUGUCAUUAGUCAGAUUCUUUCUGAUCAAAAUCGGGACACUAUAGUGGAAAACAUUCAGAAGCGGUUAAUAGAAAUUGGAGAAAAUGUGCUAAAUGGGAGUGUCCCCUUGAACCAGUUUGAAAUUAACAAGGCACUGACAAAGGAUCCCCAUGACUACCCGGACAAAAAAAACCUACCUCAUGUCCAUGUUGCCCUCUGGAUCAAUUCCCAAGGAGGCAGAAAAGUGAAAGCUGGAGAUACUGUAUCAUAUGUCAUCUGUCAGGAUGGGUCGAACCUCAGUGCAAGUCAGAGGGCCUAUGCACCUGAGCAGCUGCAGAAACAGGACAGUCUAACCAUAGACACACAGUACUACCUGGCCCAGCAGGUCCACCCAGUGGUGGCUCGGAUCUGUGAGCCAGUAGACGGAAUUGAUGCUGUGCUCAUUGCAACCUGGUUAGGACUCGACCCCACCCAAUUUAGAGUUCACCAUUAUAAAGAUGAAGAGAAUGAUGCUUUACUUGGUGGCCCAGCACAGCUCACUGAUGAAGAGAAAUACAGGGACUGUGAGCGGUUCAAGUGUCCAUGUCCCAUGUGUGGGACCGAGAAUAUUUACGAUAAUGUCUUUGAUGGUUCGGGAACCGAUAUGGAGCCCAGCUUGUACCGUUGCAGUAACAUCGAUUGUAAGGCUUCACCUCUGGCCUUUACAGUACAGCUGAGCAAUAAAUUGAUCAUGGACAUUAGGCGUUGCAUUAAAAAAUACUAUGAUGGCUGGUUGAUAUGUGAAGAGCAGACUUGUCGGAAUCGAACUCGGCACCUCCCACUUCACUUCUCCCGAAAUGGACCUCUUUGCCAAGUCUGCAUGAAAGCUACACUUAGACCAGAGUAUUCCGAUAAGUCCCUGUACACCCAACUGUGCUUUUACCGGUACAUUUUUGAUGCGGAGUAUGCACAGGAGAAACUUACUACUACUGAUCAUGAGAAAGAGAAAUUGAAGUAUUUAAUUGCCAAAGUGAAACAGGACUACAAAAAACUCAAGAACACAGCAGAGCAGUUUCUAUCCCGAAGUGGCUACUCGGAAGUGAACCUCAGCAAGCUCUUCGCUAAUUGUGCCAUGAAACCCUAA